AUGGCGCGGCUGAAGCUGAAGAAGUUGGAGGAGUUUCUGCAGGGCGUGGAGGCGUUUGACGAGCCGAAGAUCCUCCUGGAGCAAUACCAGACGCCGCCGCACAUCGCCAGUUGCAUGUUGUAUGAGAUUCAGAGCCAGUUUGGCGAUUUGGAGGGCAAAAUCGUGGCGGAUUUGGGCUCUGGCUCGGGAAUGCUGAGCAUUGGUGCUUUUCUCCUCGGCGCCGAGCACACAGUUGGCUUCGAGGUGGAUCCGGACGCCGCCAGUGUCUUCCUGGAGAAUGUCGGUGACAUGGAGAUCCCGUCUGUGGACUGUGUGCUGAGUGACAUCACGAGAAAUGUGCAGAAUUCACGCUUCGCCAAGGCUUUCGACACAGUCGUGAUGAAUCCGCCGUUUGGGACCAAGAAGAAUGCCGGAAUGGACGUGAAGUUCCUGGAAGUGGGCAUUCAGCUGGCCAACACAGCCGUCUACUCGCUCCACAAGACCUCCACGCGUGAUUUCAUCCGCAAGACUGGCGCUCAGCUCGGCACAGAGGCGAAAAUUGUGGCGCAGCUGAGAUACAAUCUCGAUGCCGCGUACAAAUUCCACAAGAAGAAGUCCCUGGACAUCGACGUGGACUUCUGGCGCUUCGGGAUCAGCGGCGCGUGAGUAAACAAGAGCAGUAAAUUAAUAAUUUGUAUAGCGUAAGAGACACAACUAUGAUUGUUAUGAGUAUAAAUGGAGUUUUGUCUGGAAGA